GACGGCGGCCGGUAUGAUGUAAGCCUGGCUACCUUUGGGACUCGUUCCAGUAGUGCCUGGUCCCGGCAAAAUCCACCCACCAAGACUUGGAAGUGCGACUUGGACCUCCGUCCCGCCUGAGGAUUAUCGACCUUCGCUCUGCCUCAGAUUGCUAGCACCGUUGAACACCAUCGCGAUUGCCAUUGCUGCUGCCACUGCAACGUUGGCAUUAUUGGUAAUUACGCCCUUUCAGCUCUUAUGCAAUCAUGACUUGAGCGAGGUGGAGUGUGUCCUUGCCCGUCCUCUUCCGCAAACCUCUUAGCGCCUCACACUCUGUCGAGCUGCGCCUCGUUGACUCUCCAAACCCGCCGCUCAUUCACCCAUUAAGCCACUUGCGAAUACGAUCAGGGCGACGUUCUGCGACCCCUGUGGACAUCAAGUCCUUCAACUACCUUCGAUUCUACACAUACUGCCAUUGUCACUAUCGAGCCGAUUUUUGCUGGGUUGUCGUCUUUGUAACGGAUCCUGCCCCCAAUCUACCCCGCCGCCGCACGAGAGCUGUCCGCAGGCUGCGAACCUGGGGCGCUUCCCAGUGGUUGAACAACUAAGAUGCCUGAAGCAAACCUGCCAGCAGAGCCUAAUCUGCGAGUCACAAUCAUCGCGGCUGAUGGCUUGUACAAAAGAGAUGUCUUCCGGUUCCCCGACCCUUUUGCGGUCGCAACCAUUUCGGGAGAGCAAACAAAGACAACUUCAGUCAUCAGGAAGACACUGAAUCCCUACUGGAACGAAGUCUUUGACAUGAGAGUCACAGAGGAUAGCAUACUGGCGAUCCAAAUCUUCGACCAAAAGAAGUUCAAGAAGAAGGACCAGGGCUUCCUCGGUGUCAUCAAUAUCCGCAUCGGCGAUGUCAUCGACCUAGAAAUGGGAGGAGACGAGAUGCUUACGAAGGAUCUUAAGAAGUCCACUGACAACCUCGUCGUCCACGGGAAAUUGAUCGUGAAUCUAUCUACCAAUCUCACCAGCCCUCCACCGCAGCAAAAUCGACCUCCCCCGAGCACCGCUUCCAGUGUGAACGGCUCAAACCCAUACGCCGGAAGCAGCACCAACGUCAAUCAGGCGUUGCCCAUUCGGUCUAGAAGCCCGGCGUCGCGAACUGCUACUUCUGGCUCAGGGGAAGCGAGAUCGUCUAACACUGCAGUUAAUGGAAAUAGCACUCAACCCCAGCCCAACGGUGCUGGUGCUGGUGCUGGUGCCGGGAGAUCUGGAGGCUUCAGCUCUUUCGAAGAUAGCCAGGGUCGUUUGCCAGCUGGAUGGGAGCGGAGAGAAGACAACCUGGGCCGGACUUAUUAUGUUGACCAUAAUACCAGAACCACGACUUGGACCCGGCCUUCCAACCACAUGAGCGAGACCGAAGCACGCAACCGCGUCGAGGCCAAUAUGCAGAUGGAACGUGCCCGACACCAAAACCGUAUGCUGCCGGAGGACCGUACGGGAGCCAACUCCCCCAACCUGCAGGAGUCUCGAGGUUCUCCUCAGCAACCGAACGCUGUGUCAAUGAUGGCUACAGGCGCGACAACCGCAGGGACUGGCGAACUUCCUGCUGGCUGGGAACAGAGGCACACUCCCGAAGGAAGAGCUUAUUUUGUUGACCACAAUACUAGAACCACAACCUGGGUGGAUCCUAGAAGGCAACAGUACAUUAGGAUGUACGGCAACAACCCGUCUGGGAACAACACCACUAUCCAACAGCAGCCGGUUUCGCAAUUGGGACCAUUGCCUAGUGGGUGGGAGAUGCGACUGACUAACACCGCCCGUGUAUAUUUCGUGGAUCACAACACCAAGACCACGACCUGGGACGAUCCCAGAUUGCCCUCUUCCUUGGACCAGGGCGUGCCGCAAUACAAACGUGACUUCAGGCGGAAGCUGAUCUAUUUCCGGUCGCAGCCUGCUUUGAGAAUCCUCUCUGGCCAGUGCCACAUCAAAGUCCGCCGUGGCGCUAUCUUUGAGGACUCGUAUGCUGAAAUCAUGCGCCAAAGCGCAACCGAUCUCAAGAAACGACUAAUGAUCAAGUUCGACGGAGAAGACGGUCUGGAUUAUGGUGGCCUUUCUCGCGAGUUCUUCUUCCUCCUUUCACAUGAAAUGUUCAAUCCGUUCUACUGUCUGUUCGAAUACUCGGCGCACGACAACUAUACACUUCAGAUCAAUCCUCAUUCUGGUAUCAACCCAGAGCAUCUCAACUACUUCAAAUUCAUCGGGCGAGUGGUGGGCCUUGCGAUCUUCCAUCGCCGAUUCCUAGACUCCUUCUUCAUUGGAGCAUUUUACAAGAUGAUGCUACGAAAGAAAGUCACUAUCAACGACAUGGAAGGCGUGGAUGAAGAAUACCACAAGAACUUGACGUGGAUGCUUGAAAACGAUAUCACCGACGUCCUCGAUCAAACCUUCUCGAUUGAAGACGAACAAUUCGGCGAAACAAAGACGAUUGACCUGAAACCCGGUGGUCGAGACAUCGCAGUCACGAAUGAGAAUAAGAGAGAAUAUGUCGAACUCCUCACGGAGUGGAAGAUCCAGAAGCGGGUCGAAGAACAAUUCAAUGCCUUCAUCACGGGUUUCAAUGAGCUUAUCCCCGCUGACCUUGUGAACGUCUUUGACGAGCGCGAACUUGAGCUUUUGAUUGGCGGUAUUGCCGACAUUGAUGUGGACGAUUGGAAGAAACAUACAGACUACCGCGGAUACCAGGAGCAAGACGAAGUGAUCCAGAACUUCUGGAAGGUUAUCCGAUCGUGGGAUGCCGAGCAGAAAUCUCGACUGCUGCAAUUCGCCACAGGCACUAGUCGCAUUCCCGUCAACGGAUUCAAGGAUUUGCAGGGCAGCGAUGGCCCCAGAAGAUUUACGAUUGAGAAGGCCGGUGAGGUUAAUGCGUUGCCGAAGAGUCAUACUUGUUUCAAUCGCCUCGAUCUCCCACCAUACAAGAGCUACGAUGCCCUUCAAAGCAAACUGUCCACUGCGGUAGAAGAAACGCUAGGUUUCGGCCAAGAAUAAUCGAGUUCAUAAUCUUCUGAGGUCUGCUCGAGACAUUGCUGUCGAUGGAAAACUACAGAUGAAACGAGCAUUGGCUGUGCUGGCGGAGUGCAAAGGCCUCAUUUGCAAUAAGGGUAAUGAUGGGAUUGCAACGGUGAGGCCGGAAUAUAAGUGCUGGAUAUGAGACGAGAGGACUCCAGUUUGCGUCCCAACCAACAGCGGGUCGAAUUGGAAGGGAGGAAUGCGUGCGUGCUUUCUUGGUCGAGCAUUCCGCUUGUUUGUCAAAGCCCGACCAGGAAGGGUGGAAGGUGGUAGAAGGUUGGUUUUGAGUCGCUUCCUCAGUACAAUAUGCGCUUGUACAGAUCAAUGUGGUGCCCCGAUCGCGAGCGAUGAGCCGCGAAGUGCAAAGAGGUGUUCCUGUCCAUUGUCAUCUCCCGGUUGGGGCUCGGUAACCGAGCGAGUUGGGUCUGUUGAACGAGAAUUGCAAGUCAGGAGGUAGGAAGCUGGCGCAUUGAGGUUGUCAAUAACUAGCCGGACUGAGGGUGAGAGGGUAUAAAAUUGCUCGAGCCUUUACAUAAAUUCAUUCCAUUCAUGUCUACGCAGUGUAAUCAGUUGCUGAAGAUGGCGCAUCAGGUCGUCAUAAAGCGAGCUCAAACAGGGUUCUAUAGUCCACAUCUCCACAUGCGCG